CCUCAGACUGGAUGUGAGUUGGACACGAGACGGAGAGGAGACGGACGACAGAGAGGACUUUAAUCACUUAGGGAUUUAUUCUGUUUCUAAUUGAUCCAACUCUAUUUUCCACCAGGACGUCGCUGAAGACUAAAAAGGAAUAUUUCGUGCAGUUUAUCGUGAAUAUAAACUUGUUUCCCGACGCUCCGGCGCAGGAUUAUGGUGCAGUUUGAGGAUCAAAAUGCUGAGAUGUAAAGUGUUCAGUUUCCUGUGGUUGUCCUCGCUGCUGCUGCUCAGGGAUCUAGGCGCCGCUCCCUCAGAGUCUCCCUCCUGCAGCUUCUCUCUAUCCUCCCCCGUCUCCCACCUGGACUCCCUCUCUCUCUCCCUCUCCUCCCCUCAGAGACACUGCUCCUUCUCCAUCACCUCCUCAGGAUCAGACAGCACCGAGUGCAGGAGAGAAGGAGACGAGGAGGCAGAGACUAAUGAGAUAGGAGGAAGGAAACAAGGACAGGAGGAGGAGGAGAGGAAGAAUGCGACAGGAGGGAACUAUCUGGGGACGAAUCAGCUAGGAGAGGAGGAUGGAGGAAACAAGGAGGAAGGAGGUGUGUUUACCUGUGUGUUGGAGCAGCUGGAGCCGGGAACCGCCUACGAGCUGAUCGUCCAAUCACAGAGCGGCGAGGAGACGAGGAACAUCACGCUGCACACCCGCCCCUCAGCAGUCCUCGGCCUCUCUCUCUCCUCCUCCAGCAGCCUGGGUGUUUCCUGGCAGGCCGGCCCAGGACGGACUCAGCGCUUCAGGCUGCAGCUGAGAGACCAAUCAGGUGUUCUGAGGAACGAGACGUUGUUGAGCACGGCGACGCAGCACACACUCCUCGACCUGACGCCGGGGCGACUGUACAACGUUACCGUGGUUACGGAGGCAGGAGGGCUGACGAACAGCGCGACGGCAGCGGCUCGGACAGUUCCCGCCGCCGUCUCAAAUCUCACCGCCGACCACAACGACACUAGCUUCCUGUUGUCAUGGCAACAGCCCGAAGGCGACCUGGACGCGCUCUUCGUUGUCGUCGUCGCCGGGCUCUCGACCAAUGAGACGAGCCCCUGGGAGAUGACGCUGCUGCCCAACGACACAGAGGUCGUGGUGGAUCAGCUGACUCCGGGCUCGGCCUAUCAGGUCACUGUGACGACCAUUAGUGGAGAGCUGACGAGCCAAUCAGAACUCACCGUCUGGACAGCUCCAGCCCCCCCCUCCCUCCUCUCCCUCUCCCCCUCCCCCUCCGGCGGUCUCCUCCUCUCCUGGUCUCCCCCCUCAGGUCUCUGGGAGAGUUACAGGCUGCUCCUCCUCGAUGGAUCCCAGGAGUUAGUCAGCACCGCUGUGGAGCGAGAGGCUUUGAACUACAGCUUCCCCGGGACCCGUCUAACUCCUGGAAGAGUUUACCGAGCCGUGCUGAGGGUGGAGAGCCGAGGAGAGACGAGAGAGAGCAGCUGUGAGGGGAGAACAGCUCCGGCCUCAGUGAUGGAGCUCCACGUCCGUCACGCUGACGAGACGUCGCUCAGCGCCAUGUGGAGCCACGCCCCCUCCGGGUCACGUGACCAGUACCUCCUGACGCUGAGACACGGUAAUGUGACGGUGGACACGCGGGAGGUGGAGCCCAACAUGAGGGAGUGCACCUUCAACGUGCUCACACCUGGACGACUGUACACCGUCACCGUGACGACCAGGAGCGGAGAACUGAACGCCUCCGUGUCUCUGCAGGGCCGCACAGUACCCAUGGCGCUGCGUGCUCUGACUCUGAGGAGCUCGGGGGUGAACAGCCUCACUGCAUCAUGGGAAAAACCACCAGGAGAAGUGGACUCGUUCUCACUGACGCUGCUGCAGGACAGCGCGGUGCUUCAGAACUACAGCGUCCCCGUCUCUUCUUCUUCUUCGUUGGUGCUGGACGGUCUGACCCCCGGCACCCUCUACAGGCUGCAGGCCGUCACUGUGAGCGGGGGGGUGUCAUCAAAGAGCGUCAGCCUGGAAGGACGCACCACUCCCGCCUGUGUCUCCGAGGUAACGGUUGCUAACGGCGGUCACAGUGACGCCCUGCAGGUGUCAUGGCAACCAGCUCCAGGUGUGAUUGACAGCUACCUGGUGCUCCUGCAGGACGGCGGGAGAAUCGUUCACUCUCUCGCCGUCUCACGAUCGUCGCCAACCAGCUGCUCCUUCAGCUCGCUGGUUGCCGGGCGGAUUUACACCGUCGCCAUAGUGACGAGGAGCGGCGGGCUGGAGAACGCCACCUCGGUGACGGCACGCACACAACCUGCCACGGUGCAGAACCCGAAUGCGAUCCACUCGGCCCGAGACGACUACCUGAGGGUGUACUGGCGUAACCCGGACGGAGACCUGGACCGGUACCAGGUUCUGAUCCGGUACAACAACACCGUGCUGCAGAACCAGAACGUUUCCGCGGGAACCAACGAGUGCUUCUUCUACUCGCUGACGCCGGGGCGACUGUACACCGUCACCGUGGAAACGUGGAGCGGAGACUACGUCAGCAGCCGGUCCACCGACGGACGCACCUUUCCAGCCGCUGUGGGGAAUCUCUCUCUCGUCGACGCAGGAACGUUUGAUCUGACCGUCAGCUGGAGCCCGGCGCCCGGAGACGUGGACCACUACGAGGUGACGCUGCUCUUCAACGACUCUCAGGUGUUCCCCCCGGUGACUUUGGGCAGCGAGCGGCAGCGGCACCGUCUGACCUCUCUGACCCCCGGCAGGAUCUACAAGGUCGUGGUGUCGACCUUCAGCGGGAAGAACCAGAGAGCGUCCUCCAUCAAGGGUCGCACAGUCCCUAGUGCGGUGGGGAACCUCCACAUCUCCCCUCGCUCCGUGGGGGGUCUGACGGUGUCCUGGACCCCCGGAGACGGAGACCUCGACCUCAUCAUCGUCACUUUAUCCACCACCAGUGGAAACAUCCUCCAAACUCGACGCGUCCCGAAAUUUGUUUCCUCUCUGGACUUCCUGGAUCUGACUCCAGGCCACGCCUACACCGUCACCAUCCAAUCACUGAGCGGCACGCUGACCAAUAGCAACGCAGCAACCGGCAGGACGGCUCCGGCUCGUGUAACGGCGCUUCAGGCGGAUAACGAUCACACCACUCACAGUCUGAGGGUCCAAUGGGAACGUCCGCUCGGCGUCUACGACAGCUACGCUCUGCAGCUAUUGGACGAGGCCGGAGCUCUGCUGGCCAAUCAGACGGUCUCUGAGGAGAAACGCAGCGAGCGCUUCGAGGGUCUGACGUCCGGCCGCUGGUACAAAGUGAAGGUCGUGACCCUCAGCGGGGGUCAAAGGUCGCUGGAGGCCACGGCCGAGGGACAGACACGCCCUGCUGCCGUCAGUAACCUCUCUGUGUCAGCGCUCAACUCGUCUUCGCUCUCCUUCUCGUGGCGUCCGUCUGACGGACACGUGGACGUCUACCACCUGUCACUAUACAGCAUCGCCGAGGCAACAGCCAAUCAGAGAGAGGAGUCUGCAGGAAGCAGGAAGGAGCCUCAGCAGCCGGUGUGUGUGCAGACUCUCCCUCCGGCUGCAGACAGGUGUGUGUUCUCCGGGCUGACAGCAGGAAGUCUGUACCGGCUGCAGGUGGAGAGCCGGAGCCGAGAGAUGAGCAGCGACAGCGCCCUGCUGGCCAGGACCGUCCCCUCCCCGGUCUCCUCUCUGGAGGUUCAGAGUUCAGGACGGACCGACAGACUGACGCUCGGCUGGAGGAGAAAUGAAGGAGGCUGCAGCAGAUACCAGGUGGUGUUGUUGGAUGUUUCUGGAGCCGUUGUGGCGGAGCAGAUGCUCGGCGCUGACGUCAUUAGUCACAUGUUCUUGGGGCUCGUUGCUGGUAGGCUGUACCGCGCUGAUGUCAUCACUCACAGCGGGGAACUGACCAAUAAUGUGUCAGCAUUCGGACGCACCGCUCCGGAGCCUCCCACCUACCUGUCCGUCAUACAGGGCUCGACCAAUCAGACGCUGGAGCUGUCGUGGUCAGGUCCCGCCUCCGGAGACUUUGACAGCUUCAGUCUUCAAUGGUUGCCUCCCGACCGCCUGUCAAUCACUCAGGUCCAGCUGACCGGCCGCGUGCUCAGCGGGAUGUUUCCGGGGCGACAGUACAACUUCACCGUGGCAACCGUCAGUGGGGGCGGAGCCAGGGACGGGCCUUUAGUGAGGAGCGAGCCAAUCACGACGAGCGUCAGGACAAGCCCCUCCCCCUUGAGGUCUCUCCACUGUUUCCCUCUCUCUCCCUCCUCUCUCUCCUGCUCUUGGUCGCCCUCCCUCUCCGACUUCGACUCCUACGAGGUCGAGUGUCGUCGCCACGACGACGGGCAGCUGACCUCUGCGAAGAGGUUGUCGGCCGGCGUCACCACGGUAACGCUGGAUCAGCUGGAGGCGUACAGGAAGUACAUGGUGACGGUCAGAGUCAUUUCCUGUGGAGAGAAGAGCCGAGAGACAACACACACCACCAGCACCAUGAUCGACCGUCCUCCGGUCCCGCCCUCCAGUGUCCGGGUCAACGAGAGGUCAAAGGUCACGCCGUCGUCCAUCUUGUUUCGCUUCAACUGCUCAUGGUUCAGCGACGCCAACGGAGCCGUGCGCUUCUUCUCCGUCAUCGUGGCCGAGUCUGACGCCAAUGAGCUGCUGCAGCCGGAGCAGAUCCACCCAAUGCCGUCGUACCACGAAUACAUCAACAAUGCCUCCGUCAGAGCCUAUCAGAGCGCAUACUUCGCCAGCCGCUGCCCGCAGGACAACAACAACAACAACAACGCUCAGGUGGUGGAGGUGAACCUCGGGGCGGGGGGGGAUCGCCUGGGGGGGCCGUGUGACCGCAACCAUGACGACGAAAUCUACCUGAGCGACAGCUACGGAGGUUUCUGUGACGGACCGUUGAAACCCCACACUUCCUAUAGAGUGAGUGUGAGAGCGUUCACUCGUCUGUUUGAUGAAAAUCACCGUGAGUUUCCUCAGCCGCUGUUCUCUGACACCUUCCUGUCAGCACCAAUCAGGACACACUCAGAGCCUCUGGGGGGGGUGGUGGAGGGUCUCAGUGCCGGGAUGUUCCUGAUCGGGGUUUUGGUCGCUAUCGCCUCUCUGCUCGUCUACAGACAGCGGCUACGCAAAGUGGCUGUGCAGGACAACCCGGUGGUGAGGAUGAGCAUGUGGAAAGAAGUUCCCUCUGCAGGAUUAUAUCUGGGCGUCAGGGGAAAUCGUCGAGUCACCAGUCCGAUCAAAGCGUGUCACUUUGAGUCUCAUCUGAACAAACUACAGGCCGACUCCAACUACCUGCUGUCAGAGGAGUUCGAGGAUCUGAAGGACGUUGGACGUAAUCAGACGAUGGACGUGGCCCGAGUGCCGGAGAACCGCGGGAAGAACCGCUACAACAACAUCCUGCCGU